UUGGAACAAUUUUGAUAUUGAUCUAUUUAUAUUGUUUUUCUUGAUGAUAUCUUGAAACAUGUUUUCUCCAUUUUCUAAAACACCUAACUCCCUCAAAGGAGUAAGACAUAUAAAGCCAGUUUUCACACCGUCGCCAAAAUCUAUCGGCAAUACUCCUAAGCAUAAAAGUUGUUCUUUUAUGAGUCGAGGCUUUAAUGAAUCUGUUAUGCAAGGCAUACCAAGUUAUGAAAUGGAAUUUUAUGGCUCACAAUUACCAGUAUUAGUAACAGAAGCAAUGACUCUUGCUGAAAGACCGGCUGAUAUCAGUGUGAAACUUGAACCUUUUGGAUUUGCCAGUUUAGUAUGUGGCCGUCAACUUUUGAUCUGGAAAUAUAAGAUAGAUAACCAAGAGAAAAACGUUGUGUAUUGUAGAGAGCUGACACUUCCGCCAAGCGAUCUUGCUCACAAAGCUGAGCUUGUUCAUUUGUUUCAAACUGAAGAUUCAAAGCUGCCAUCUGCUCUCGCUGUUUCUCCCGAAGGACAUGUGCGUUAUUGGCCUAAUAUUAACCAUGAAAGUUGCUCUGUAGAUACAGUAAUUGAUCUUCAAGGUGAAGAAUGUUAUUCGUUAGUGUCGGUGUUUCCAUUGGGAUGUAUAUUAUCAACCACCACGAGCACUCUAGUCUUGAUAACUUCAUCCUCUGGUGAAGGACAACCUAAUUUAAUAUGCCGACCCUUAACCCUGCCACUUAGUGUUUUAGCUGGAAUAGGCAGACGUGUGUCAUCGUUCAUCUUUGGUGUGGUUCCGACUCAAACUUCAGAGGCUAAGCAGUUAAACAGAGUCCUCUCUGUGAAGGGUGAUGAUGAUGAUUAUUUUCUCUACGUGUUAAGCAGCAAUGUGCUUCAAAAAUGGCACAUUUCCAAAAAAGAUAAAAAAGACAAUUUAGACCAACUUGUUUUUGAAAUGGAACUUGAUUGUGCAUUGAAACAAAGCUAUGGUGAAGAUGUGUUCAAAAAGGACUCCAGCUCUCUUGGUGGCAUGAAAACAUGGUGUUUGGAUAUGCAAAUAUCUUCAUCUGGGGUGAUGAUCUUGACCGCAGGAACUUUUUCUGGAACUGAUUUAAAUAUUCAUUAUGCCUUAGGUAAAUUAGAAACAUCAUCCGAUCAAAUUCCUGCAAAAUUCUCAGCCUUCCAUGUCCUAGAUUACAGAGAGCAAUAUGAGGAGGAACAUGAAGACAGGCAUAUGAAUUUCAAAUUUAUUCUGCCUUCUCCAACCAGCCAGUGUGCAUUCAUUUUUAAUUCUGAAAAAGUUCUCUGUGCUCAGCUUGGAUCCAAUGCAGAAACUGCAGAAAUGAAUGUUAGAACCACAGGAAGUUUUAUUUUGGGUUCUGGAACAUGUGACGGAUUGCCUCUGUUCUUUAUUACCGAAUAUGGAAUCGUUUCAUUUGCUUCCAGUCAGAAAGCGGUUGGUGAUUCUAGGUUUCUUUCGUCCAUGAAAGAAGUGUCUCCCCAGCAAAAUGAUGAACUUGAAUCUCAUGAAAGUUUGUCCAAGGAUUUGAAAAAAGCUUUAUAUUGCUUCUGCGAUGGAAGUAUAGAAAAUUGUGAAAAGAUAAUGAAUGAAUUACAGGCAAGGGCUUCUUAUAAAGAAGGUGCAGAUUUGGAUGAAGCAGUUACAACCCUCAGUCUUGGCAUCAUUGACGAUUAUCCAAUGCGUGAUCCCCGUUGGUGUAAAACUGUUCCAGGAGGCUCUAUUUCAUCAUCACUUAUCAUUACUUAUCAAUUAGAUGAUAAGUUAACUGCACAUGAUUACUUGUACAGUUUUCUAAAGACAUAUAAAAUACUUGAAAAGCUUUCUGUGUCCAAAAUUGAUGAUGCAAUAAUAUCGACUCGGCUCCUAUUUUGUGAACAUACAGAGAAACUGAUUGCUGCCAAAACCAUGCGUCUUUAUCUUGUUGAUCAUUUUGAUGCAAUUGAAAGUGCUAUCCAGUUGGCAUUGACUAAGCGAGGAAUUGAAUCAAAUGAUGAUCUUACUGCUCAAGAUGUGUUUUUUAGAGAGGUUUCGGCAUUCCAUUUUAUAUUUCCUUCAUUUAUUGAGUGGGAAUCGGAAAUACUCUCAGAAGAUGAAAGUGUGCCAAAAAUUUUGAAUGUUGUUAUGACCGUAAAUAAAAUUUUUGUUGGUGUAUUUGAAGCUAUUAUAAAUUAUCGCAUCAGUGCAUGGGAACGAUAUACUGCUAAUACUACUGAUUAUGACAGCCCGUUUUUGCCAUGGACAUCAAGAGAAGGCAACGCUGGAAUUCGAAGUCAAAUUAAAGAACAGCUGAACAUCAAUAUCAAUCAUGUUUUGAGAAUAACUGACAAUGUCCAGAUCCAAGGAAUCCUAUACCAACAGUAUGUUGAUAUUCUGGACUUUUAUCUGGAUAGUUUUAAAAAGCAAUUAGAAACAUCAAAGAAGGAAAAGAUGAUGCCUGUACAGAAAGAAUAUGAGAAAGAACGAAGCCAUUACAUCAAAUAUUUAUUGGUGCUUGGGCAAUAUGAAAGAGCUGCAGCCAUUGCAGAAAAAUAUCUGGAUUUUGAUAUGCUUAUUCAAAUAUGUGAAGAAACUCAGAAUUCAGAUCGAUUGCAAAGAUAUAUGCUUCAGUUUGCUGAAAAGAAGUUUUCAGAGCAUGUGUUUAAGUGGUAUUUGAAUAAAGGUCAAAGAGGCAAGAUAUUUAAUAAAGAUCUUGGGCAGAAAGAAGUUCUUGGUAAUUUUCUCAAAGAACACGAAAGCUUAAAGUGGUUACAUUUUGUCCAAGAGCGACAGUACGAAGCUGCUUCAGCAACACUGAAACAAUUAGCAUUAAAAGAGGUACAAUUUCUUAAUCGUAGAAAAACUUUACUGAGUCUAAGCAAAUUGACUGCUAUGGUAAGCAGUAUUUCUCCUGAGCAGAAGAGAAACAUAAUUGAGGCUAUCAAUUUUGAACAGGACCUCAUAACACAUCAAGAAACUCUUCCUAUCUCUACUGUUGAAGCGUUGGGUAUUGAUCCAAAGAACAUGAGAGUGUUUCAGCCUGCAGAGCUUAUUGAAAUGUAUAUCGCAGAUGAAAAUCCAUCAGCAAAUGCAUUCGAUUUUAAAAUUGCUCUUGAUUUAUUGCAUUUUAUGAAAAAACCUUUAUCUGAUCCAGACCUUAAUAAUUUAAGAAUCCAUAUUUGGUCAAAAGCUAUUCUUAAAGAUAACUGGGAAGAACUGGACAUAAACAAUCCAUUAGUUGCUAUUAAAGACACUAUUUUCUUCCAAGUUGUUGAAAUAGCUUUUAAUCAAGGUAUUGAAAUGCACGAGUUUAUUCCUUCACUUGAUGAUUUACUUCAAGCUUCAGAACUGCAAAACCUAGUUGAAAAUUCUAGUGUUAGAUUUUUACUUCAAGCAGGAUAUGAACAUAUUUUUAAAAUCAUCGACUAAAAUGCAUCGUUUUACAGUUAAUUAUUAUUUUGUAAAAUUUUGAAUAAAUUUAC